CUCUCUCAACUUAUAAAGAAAUUUAUUUCUCCCAGUUUGGAGACUGGCAAGUCCCAUAUCUAGGCGUGGGCAUCUGGCUGCGACCUUCAUGUUCCAUCUUCUUGUGGAGGAGGCAAGAGGGUGAGGGAGGGCCAGACACACAGCAAGGUUCUGGUUUUGACCCAGAGCAGCACCGUACCAUUGCACAGACACACAGUCCUUUACCUAGUCAGAACCGUCAGCUUUCCCUGAGGCACAGGAGGCUGAGGGAGGCAGCAUCCCUGACUGAGAGUAGACGGGCUUAAGGGCCUGGUGAGCCUCUUCUAGGGCUGGUUCUUCUAUUUUCCUGGGUUCUUCCCAGCGUGUCGGGUGUGAGUGGCUGCUGCAGGCCACUGUGAGCUGGGCCUGCCACCUAGUGGCUAUACUCUGCCUCCACCAGGCCUCGAUGUUGGUCUGGGGUGGGCAAGGCCUGUGCUUCGGUGGGCAUGAGUAGGAGUUUGGCAUGGACAGGCGGGACGGGCCUUGUCUCUUGCUAACUGAGGCAGCCCUAGAGGGGCCUGGCCGGGGCUAGAACCCAGUUGCCAUCUCAGGCCACUCAAUAAGGCGUCAUUGACCAGAAAGGACGUUCCGCAGGCCUGUGGGCCCAUCUUCCUGCCCCAGAAGAUUCCCUGCUCUGCACACACCUCCUCCAGUCUCAGGGUCACUGAAGUUGGCUCACGCCCCACUCCUAGUUGCCUGAGGUCUGGGCACUGGGCCACUUCUCACCCUCCAGCCAGAGUUAAACAUUAGUGGGAGGCUGUCUGCCCGUCUCUGGGGAGGGCAAGGGAAUCACACUCACCAGUCUCCCGUGUGGAGCACCAGUUCCUGCCCGAGCCCAGACAAUGCCUGUGGAGGAGUUCAUGGCUGGCUGGAUCUCUGACUUGCUUCCUGGGCCUGGCAUGAGCCCUUACUCAUAGCACCUUCUUGUCACCACAGGAGCUCUGGGCCUGGUCCUGGGACAUCCCUUUGACACCGUGAAGGUGCGACUUCAGACCCAGACCAGCUACCGGGGCAUCAUGGACUGUACGGUCAAGAUUUACCGCCAUGAGUCGCUCCUGGGCUUCUUCAAGGGAAUGAGCUUCCCCAUCGCCAGCAUACCUGUGGUCAACUCUGUCCUGUUCGGGGUCUACAGCAACACCCUGCUGGCACUCACAGCCACCUCCCACCAGGAGCGGCGGGCCCAGCCCCCCAGCUACACACAUGUCUUCAUAGCAGGCUGCACCGGUGGUGUCCUGCAGUCCUACUGCCUGGCCCCAUUUGACCUCAUCAAAGUCCGACUACAAAACCAGACGGAGUCAAGGGUGCAGCCAGGGAGCCCUCGACCCCGGUACCAGGGGCCCGUGCACUGCGCAGCCACCAUCUUCCGGGAAGAGGGUCCACGGGGACUGUUCCGAGGAGCCUGGGCCCUAAUGCUGAGGGACACCCCCACGUUGGGAAUCUACUUUGUCACCUAUGAAGGGCUCUGUCGCCAGUACACUCCAGAUGGCCAGACCCCUAGCUCAGCCACAGUGCUGGUGGCCGGGGGCUUUGCAGGCAUUGCCUCCUGGGUGACAGCCACGCCCUUCGACGUGAUCAAGUCCCGGAUGCAGAUGGAUGGCCUGGGACGCAGAGCCUACCAGGGGUUGCUGGACUGCACGGUGAGCAGCUUCCGGCAGGAGGGACUGGGGGUCUUCUUCCGGGGGCUUACCAUCAACAGUGCCCGCGCCUUUCCGGUCAACGCUGUCACCUUCCUCAGCUAUGAGUAUUUCCUGCACUCACGGGGAUGAGCCUGGCGGGCACUGCCAGCAGCUCCCCCACAGGACCCUGAGGGCAAGACGGGAAGCCAAGCUGAGAGCACCCAGCUUGAACUCAAAUGCAAGGGGCUUGGCCUCUCUGAGGCCGGGCACCUCCAACCACCCAGACCAGGCUGCAGGACACCUGAGCAGAAAGCCAUGAUCCUGGCUUCUACCCAGCACCACUCACCUAGACUCCUUUUCUUCCCUGAACCAGGAAGCACAAGUGGUGCUGGUGACAGCCUAGCCCAGUUCUGCCAGGUCCCGUCUUUUUUUUUUUUUUUUUUUUAUGAGGUAUUAAACCCAAGGGCGUUUAAUACCUCAGCCACAUCCCAGCCCUUUUUAUUUUUCAUUUUGAGACAGGGUCUCAGUAGGUUGCUUACAGCUGUGGAGGCUGGCUUUGAACCUGUGAUCCUCCUACCUCAGCCUCCUGAGUUGCUGGGAUUUCAGGUGGGCACCACCGUGUCUGGCUGCCAUGUCCCCUCUUCAGUCACUGAAUUCCUCCCAGAAACUGGAGGUGGCUUCCACGCCACCCUCCCCCUGGGGUCCAGUAACAGCACACUGAGUUCUUCUUCCCAUCCACUCCUUUCAAAGCUCUCCUCCCAUGACUGUAGCGUGGUGUGACCUUUUGUCCAUCCCCAUCCAGAAUCCUUCAAGGGCUUCCAUUACCUUGGGGAAAAUUCCAAACCCCACCACUACCUGGCCGUCCCUCCCCACUAGGCUUUCCUCUCCCUUGGUCACUUCGUGGACAUGAACAAGCUGUGUUCACUGUGGCCCAGGCCUGGGAGGCUCAUCCCCGCUGGCCAUCGGGGGCAGUGAUUCUUCAGCUGACCCCACUGUCCUCCAAGACACAGCAGAGCACUGUCUCCAGGGUACUUCCUGCCCUGCCCACGCUGACUCUGAGCUUCCAGGGCCCCAGCCCACCUGCACUGCUCUGUGUUUGAUUUGCUACUUGGCUUCUCCAUUGGUGUGUGAGCGCCUUGUGUCUCUCAGCACAACCCCGAUGCUUGAACAGAUGUAUUCACUAAGUGCUCAUUAAAUGAAAUGCUGAUUGCACCCCUGACCUGUCUCCCAACUCCAGCCACCACACCUGUUCCCUCGGUCCUGCCACACACAGCUGGCUCCUGUGCCUCCCAACCUCUAUUUGCAUGCCCUGACCUCUCCAAGUCAUCUCCAGGGAAGGGGUACAGAGGUUGGGGUUCCACCUCAUCCACACCCAUCCCACAUCUUCUUUUCCCAUCUCACUUGCCAGGUGGGAAUUAAGAAUUGGCUAAGAGGAUCCCUUUCGUUGACAAUAAAGCUCAACAUAGCCUGUACCCUCA